AUGAUCGCCACCUUCGGCAACGUUUCCGGCUUUUUCUUCAUGCCAACCAGUAUUUUCGUUCUUGGCUCUUGGGCUGCCGAGCCACAGCCUGACAGAGUGGGAGCCUGGGAGCCUGCAGAUUCUCAGCCUCUGCUAGGAGAGACCCACCAAACCUUGUCGGGUCCCUGGCACACGUACUCGCUUGGCAAGGGCAGUGCCAUGAUCCGGAUGUCGUCUGUCCCGCAGCCAAAAGAAAAGUCGCCCAAUGCAAGCAACGUCCAUGACUGA